AUGGCCGAGGGCUCAAAUCACGCCAUAUUUAGUUUAGCACUACAUUGGGCUCAGUAUCUUUCGCUGUACGCCUAUAACCAAGGUGUUGAUCCGGAUGAGCGAGUCACCAAAGCAGGUGCCGUUGAGGUGCCCUUCCCUGGCAAUGUUGCCGGUGCCAACUCGUUGUUCUCUCCUGUGUCUAGCAAGACUCUCGCCCGCUUCAUGAUAUAUGCCUCAAUGAACCCUGAGACAUGCGGCAAGGGACAGCUAUUCAAUAUCGCCGAUAGCGAGAUACCUUGCAAAUAUGGUGAGAUCUGGCCUCAGCUCGCGAGAUGGUUCGGUCUUGUGGGUGUGGGACCCUCAGAGAACUCGCAAGCUCCAGAGGGUAGUCUGAAAGUUGGCGAACUUCCUCAGACCAUCCCAAGCCUGACUCCCGGAGAAUAUGUCGCAAAACAUAAAGACACGUUCGCUAAGUGCGGACACUUAAAUGCUGCCAGCGGCGGUGUUGGUGCUGGUAGUCGGCAAUUGGACAGCGUGGGAUACUGGUUGACUUUCGACCGGCAAAUGAGCUUGACGAGGUUGCGAAAGACAGGUUUUGAAGGGAACAGGGAUCCAAUUCAGGGGUGGCUGGAGAGCUUUGAAAUGUUCAGAAAGGCUGGCUUGAUACUUUAG